GGCAUUUGUUAGAAGUUGGAUUGGAGUGGAGACAGAGAUCGGAAAAAGAAAAAUAGUAAUGGUGCGCUUGUAGGUGCGAUGAUGUCAAGUUUGGGGCCUCGCGACCGCGCCUAGUGCGUCGGACAAUGGUUUAGGCGGAUGGGGGCAAAGCCGAGCACCGCCGCCGGGGGCGCCAGCAGCCCCCGGGCCCGCACCUUCUCGGCCUCCUCGAGCGCCGAUGUGGUGAACGCGAGCGCCUCGGGCUUCAGUCUGCUCAGGGCACUGCCAGACCUUGCAGGCGCAGUGUCCAGCGACCGGCUGAGGGCGCGCUCGCUGUCCAGCGUGCCGCAGGAGGCGGCCACGGGGGCCGGAGGCCGCGGCCUCACCAUCUCCGAGAGUCCCGCCGAGACCGACUCAAGUUCUGAGGAGCAGCCCGAGCAGCAGGUGGCCGCCGUCGCGGCCGCCGGCCUCGGCAUCUCAACCCCACGGGUCUACGCCGCCCACUCGCUGCCCUCGCACAUCUGGAGCCUUAAUGGAAUCAAGUGUCCAGUGUGCUCGAAAUUCGUUCUACCAGAUGACAUCGAGUGUCACCUUGUUAUGUGCCUCACGAAACCGCGUCUCUCUUACAAUGAGGACGUCUUGUCCGAAACAAAGGGAGAGUGUGUGAUUUGCUUUGAGGAGCUCGAGCAAGGGGACACGAUCGCCAGGCUGCCCUGCCUCUGCAUAUAUCACAAGCAAUGUAUUGAUCAGUGGUUCAACAUUAAUCGCUCGUGUCCAGAGCACCCUGGUGACUGAGACUAACUAACUGCUGCAAACUGUGCUGAGACCGAAACUGUCCUUAUCUCUUGAUUUGGUUCUUCAAGUGAAAAAGUGAUCCGACGACACUAUAUGAUUUAACGUGAUAUUAGAAGCAUAUACUAUUAAAACAAGAGAAAUCAACCUACUGAUGAAGAGGAAGCGUCGGAGAAGAAACGAGCAAGAGAAUGCCGCUUCUCCGAGUUGUCAAUAAUUUUAGUUGUCCCUUCCAUUACCAGUUAAGUUAUCAUCUCGAAUACUCCUGAUGAAUCGUUUUAGUCCUAAAGAGAAGAAAUUAGUUGAUUAUCAGAGUUCCCUUUUGUUCACUUUACUAUUUUGCCAUUCAUUUUGUCAAAGCAACCAACCACACAAGUUGAGAGCAGUGAAAUAAUAAUUUUUAUACAUUUUCUAUGUGGCAUUUUUGUAUUAACAAAUAACGAUGUUGUUAAUUUCAGUCAUUAUUUUUUAAGUUGGCACGUCCAUGCCGGAGAAAUGUUCCGAGUGCAAAGAAGGCAAAGAGAUUUAAUUUUAUGGCAAAUUACCAGUUGUGGCAAUUUUCCUGAGCCUGCGCUGUUUGAAAACUGAAAAAAGUCCAGAUAUCAUUUUGAAAGAUCAAGAUUUGUAUUUAAUUCAGCGAGGCUACAGUUUGAAUAAGGUGGAUUUGUUUUUAAAAAAUUAUGUGCAAGUAAAUUGUGCCUUUGAAUCAUUAUUGUAACAAAGACAAACAGAACAUAGUGAGGGAAGAGUACGUAACAAGGACGAGUGCAAGAAACCUUUGGGAUGGAACUUUCCACUGCUGGAUUGACGAAAAUGGACCGCUUAAGAGUGUUAACAAGGAACACUUCAUACUGGUUUUAAAAUGCAAGAACCGCCAAACCUCGAGUGGUUUCAAGAUGCAAAUGAACUUAAAACAAAAACAAACUAAGGUUAUAAACAUGAUGCUUUGUAAAAAUGAAAACUACAACGCCUGCUGUCUGAUGUGCUUGUAGAGCAGUUUUUGAAGCGCGCGCCCCCUAUUUCCAAAUCCCCUGGUCAGGUUGUGUCAGAAUGACAAUGCUUCGUUAUUUUUCUGUCAACUAUAUUAGUUUCUUAUGAACUGAUAUCUUAAAUUUGAACUUGUUAGCUGUUGUAUUUUUGAUCCAGAAUAUCCAGAUAAUUCUUUUGGGCCAACUUGAAAUUGUUCUUUUUGCAAUUUGAUAAUUUAUUUGUUACCUAUUUGGUCGUUUUUUUUUCAAAUAAGAUAUUUUACUUUUCCCGUACGAAGCAUCCACUUAUAACGUUACCUGAUUUUAAUGCAACUAAUUAACCAUUAAAUCGCCCCGCGCUUAAAUCUCACACAUGUUCCUAAUUGUAUUUUUACAAGUUAUACUGGUAUGCAGUUUGAUUGGUGGUGCUAAUUUUUUGUUUGUGUUUCUGCCAAACUGUACGUCAUCUGCACACACGCGUGACGACUCCUGUCCCAUUUCGAAAGCGCCUUUCUAUCGCAAGCACACAACAGUCUUGGGAGAUUUAAAAAGUUGCCUCACAGUUGUAAAUCAACAAUAUUAAUUGUCAGCUAGAGAAGCAAAAAGCAGUACCAAACUAACAAAAUUCAGUGUCGCUCCAUCCGUGUGCCAGCACUCACUUCUUUCUCGGCUCUGAUGAAUUUUCACCUCUUGUAGUAGUCAAACGAGGAGUUUGUAAGAGGCAAAAUGGAUAAAAAAAAAAGUAAAUAAAACUCUGCGAACAAGCUCAAAUUGGAU